AUGCCAGAUGAUAGUAUUGUCCAUGUAAUCGCCGUCCAAGAGUGGAUGCCAAAUGGCACGAACCGGCGUCCGACCGACGAAAGGAUCACCACGGUUGGCGAUGCAGCUCAUCUGAUGACGUCUUGCAAUAGCAGCAAUGAAAUUGAUUUACGGGAGGUUGUGAGCAUCUACGAGGAGGAAAGAAUUCAGAGAUCACGGCCAGCUACCGUGAAGGCUCGAGAGGCCUGCUUGGAAGCUAAUCACUACUCCAAAUUAGGGUUCUGGAAGAAGAGGAAAGAGAACUUUUGA